GAUAUACCUCACCCUCCUCCAUCUUCUUCUAGACCACGCAGAUUUUACCCAUAGGUAGACACCAAGAUCAACACGAAUCGUACUAUGGCUUCUCCCACCGCUGCACAGCACACGUUACCCUCCCGCUCCGCUACCACCGCCACCGCUCGCACCACCAGCACCAUGGAUGACGAUGCAAUCCCCGAUGAGGACAGCUCCGAGACUUCUCAGCUGUUCCACGAGAGGCUGCAGGCAUGGCGACACGCCGUGAAGAACAUGGAAGACUACAUCUCUGCCACGGAGAAAAUGCACCAUGACAACUCCAAGGACGUCGCCAAGGUGCUGAAAACAGUGUCAAGUCCUUUAAAGGAGGGUCACCAUUUCGACCAGACUCUCGGUGGCAUUGCAGGCAUGUUCGACAAUGUGAGAUCGAACACUCAGGCCCUGGAGAACAGUCAUACCGAGACAGCAAAGACCUUGAAGGGCACGGUGUUGCCCAUCUUUGACCGCCUCGAGAAAGAGAUCAAGAACAAGACCAAGGAGCUUACCAAAGGCGCUGGCAAGGGCGCCAAGUCCGUGGAAAAGGCACGACACGCCUCGCAGAAGCAUAUUGAGCUGCUAGGACAACACACUGCUACCUUUGAUUCUUCCGGCGGCAACGUCAAGGCUGCUGACGAUCCAUAUACUCUGCAGCGACAAAUUUACCAUCGUCUCAACAAACAGGUCAUCGAGGAGAACAAUAACAGGGAUGACAUGCUCUCCGUGCAGAACAGCUUUGCUCAAUUUGAGGCCCACAUCGUUGCAACCGUGCAGCAUGGCUGGCAACAGUUCAACCAAGUGGUGACUUCACAAGCGGAAACCACACGGGCCUUGUAUGGAGACAUGACAGGUACAGUUCAACGCGUCCCGCAGGACUUUGAGUGGAAUGGUUUCGUGAAGAGGAACGUUGGUCUGCUCAUCGAUCCGAAUGGCCCAAAGCGUGCAGUGGAGAAUAUCAAGUUUGCCAAUGCCGACCACGCAUCCACACGUCCGCUUAUUGCUGGUUCGUUGGAGCGCAAGAAGAUGCUGAAGCGUUACGAUGCUGGCUUCUACGUGGUCACUCCCUCAAAGUAUUUGCAUGAGUUCAAGACCGAUGACGAUUUUGCGAAGGAUCCGACCCCGGAGAACUCGUUGUACCUGCCCGAUUGCAUGAUAGGGGCUGUGGAUGGCGUCAAGUUCAACGUUCGGGGCAAAGAUAGCAGUGGCAACGCCAUGUUGUCUAAAAUGUCCCGAUCGCAUGAGUUUGCGUUUAAAGCUCAUACACCCGACGAUGCCCGAAAGUGGCAUAGCAUCAUUGCUAGCGUUGCCGGACAGACCUCGACUGAAUUGCCAGGGAACGACGAGAGCCCGACUGGUACCCCGAUUGGCGAUGGAAGUGAAACUGCGGAUGCACACGCGCCGCAGCAGAUGACUGCUCCGGUUGGUGAAACCGCAGUGCCAGAGACAUCAACAAGUGCCGCCGCUCCUCAGUCCACAGUCUAGGAGAAUGCCAAGUCUGACAAAGGUUGACCAUUCCGCUCGUGACGGCAUUCAUCGAGUGGAGAAGGCAAUGCCUGCCAAUGGUUCUACCGUAAGGGUGCUGUGCUUGAAGGAUGCUCAGAUAAUAUGUCUAGCAGGGACCUAAUCAAAAUAAUGAUCAUGUUACGAAACACUUUCACUACUGUAUUCUAUCUCUGUUGCUCCAAGACCCCUUGUGCACGUUGUCGUGGAUG